AUGUUUACUCCGUCAAGAUACAACAGAGAAGCAACUUAUUUUUAUGAAGAAGACCCAGUUGGUGGAGACCGAACUUUUUUCCCUGCAUUGAAGGCUUUGAGGACAAGCGAGCCGAUACCCAGGGAACUCGUUGAAAGCCCAGCCAAGGUAUUUGCGAGGAUGAAAUCUAGAGUUCAGGCAGAGAGAAUACCGGUUGAGAACGAGAGGACCAAAACACCUAAACCCGUGAGAGAAAAACAGGUCAGAGAAAAGCGAGUCCAAGAAGAACAUGGUGGAGUAAUGAACUCGCCAAGAAAACGACAUCAGCCUUGGGUGAACUAUGAACAAAAGGAAAACGAGGACCUUGAAUUCACUUACGAGGCAGAGGCUAUGACCCUUUCACCAGUUCAAUCGCCAAGCAAGGGUUUGACAUAUUCACACUUUAUGGUCCACACACAAGACCUUCAACGACCGUCACCCUUGAAAGACAUGGGUAGUAGUGCGUUCAAGCAAACCAACAGAAAUACACAAAAUAAAGGCCCAGCUCUGGAUGCUUUCUCAACAAAGUCCCAAAGGAAAGCUUUGUCAUACCCGCACACUCUGCUCAGCUCAAAUGACAUCCAACAACCAGCACCCCUCAAAGACUUCGAAAGUGCCUCCCAGACAACCAACAGAAGGUCAAAGCAUAGGUCGAAGUCAACGGAAGAUUGCAAUGGGGCACACAACAUUGUACAUGAUGAAUCAGUUUACAGUAAGUUGAGUUGUUUCUCUUAUCCUCAAUUAUUGUCAAUCAAGGUUGCUCGGUUGUCAGAAAUACUUUAAUUUAAGACUUUGAGAAGCAAAAUGAUUUGUUUCUGUUUUCUGCACAGGGUCACAAGUUGUUUUGGAUAGACUGCCAUGCCUGGAUUCUCUAGCAAAUAGGUUUUCUCUUCUGAAAGAGGGAAGGCGAAAGAGGGACCAAGUGAGCAGCCCACAGGAUCCCAUGAAAGGAGGUGAGGGCUAGAAAUGUAGAGUAGGGACUGUUCUACCAUUAUUCUGGUCCUAAUUACCCAAACACCAUAAGUCAACUGUUAUCAACAUGUGAUGUCGACUCAACAAACAAAGCAAUCUUUCAUAACCGCUUUCUCUUUACAGGAUGUACCCGUGUGCGCAGCAUGUCGACCCCGGCACAUGCCGCCGGGGGCACCGAAGAGGACGCCAGUGUGAACGUGACCUGUAGUGUAACCUCAGUGCCCACUGGCCUAUCAGAGACCAGCGUUCCGUCGAGUCCAGAUGCCGGCCUCAGCCAGUGUGGGUUCUACCGUGAUGAGCCUCCCCCCAAGCCCCUCCCAGACCUGGUGCACGACCCCCUCCUGCAGGUCUCACCGAAGAUCUCCAUCCCCAAGAAGCGGGAGGCUGUAUUCCAAGCCAAGCACCUAGCAGAGUCCACUGGAUCCAAUGUAAGUAGAUGGUCUUGAUGACGCUGCUUCCUUUGGAUUUAUAGGCUGAUGACUGGUGCUGUUUCCUCUGAGUUUGUUGCUGUUAGCUUUGUAUUUUUGCUUGGAAGUAAUGUUCUCUUGUAUGGCACUUCAUUUUUCUAUCAGGACGUGCAUAUCCAUAGAUAUCUACCUAAUAUAACUAUUAAUGUCUAUUGCUUGGUAGGCUACAGGGAUUCACCUUAGACACUGGCUCCUGAAGAGUAGGAGAGGCAGGUUGUAUGUGGAUGGUGUCCGUGCGUAAGUAGAAUUUGAUUGUUUCUCGGAAUCAUAUGAAGUGGUACCACAGGUUCACUAACACGCCAUUAUUUUUGUAAAAGCAAACAUUGAUUCAUUUACUUAGACUGCCUCUAUGCUUUCCACCAAGGGACAACAAGAUGCCCUGGCACAGCAACCUCAUCGCAGAGCGAAUCUCAACCAACGUCCUGAAGACCGCUUCUGGCAGCAUUUACAUCCUGGUGGGAAAGAUGACCCCGGAUUUCAGCGGAACUCGUAAGUCAGAAAUAAUCAGCCAUUUUGGAAUAUACAGUGAGCUCCAAAAAUAUUGGGGCAGUGACACAUUUUUUGUUGUGGCUCUGUACUCCAGCACUUUGGAUUUGAAAUGAGAUAAUGACUGAGGUUAAAGUGCAGACUCAGCUUUAGUUUGAGGGCUAUUUUCAUCCAUAUAGGGUGAACCGUUUAGAAAUUAUAGCAAUUUUUGUACAUAGUCGCCCAGUUUUAGGGGACCAAAAGUAUUGGGACAAAUUCACUUAUGUGCAUUAAAGUAGUCAAAAGUUUAGUAUUUGGUCCCAUAUUCCUAGCACACAAUGUUUACAUCAAGCUUGUGACUCUACACACUUGUUGGUUGCAUUUGCUGUUUGUUUUGGUUGUGUUUUUGAAAUAAAUUAGGCCCUAAUCUAUGGAUUUCGCAUGACUGGACAGGGGCGCAGCCAUGGGUGGGCCUGGGAAGGCAUAGGCCCACCCACUCAGAAUUAGUUUUAUUACAGGGCUUUAUUACAGACAGAAAUACUCCUCAGUUUCAUCGGGUGGCUGGUCUCAGACGAUCCCGCAGUUGAAGAAGCGGGGUCUGGAGGUCCUGGGCUGGCGUGGUUACACAUGGUCUGUGGUUGUGAGACCGAUCGGACGUACUGCCACAUUUUCUAAAACGACGUUGGAGGUGGCUUAUGGUAGAGAAAUUAACAUUGAAUGGCAAAAUUUGAUAUAAAUAAGCUUUUUGUGCGUAUGGAACAUUUCUGGAAUCUUUCAUUUCAGCUCAUGAAACAUGGGAGCAACACUUUACAUGUUGGGUUUAUAUUUUUGUUCAGUAUACAAUGAAAGUGACUCUAAAAUGACACAAUACAUUAUUUACCAUUCAUUUCAAUUGGGCACAAAAUAAUCUGAAACACAACCAAAACAAACAGCAAAUGCAUCCAACAAGUGUGUAGAGUCACAAGCUUGACGUAAUCAUUGUGUGCUAGGAAUAUGGGACCAAAUACUAAACUUUUGACUACUUUAAUGCACAUAAGUGAAUUUGUCCCAAUACAUUUGGUCCUCUAAAACAGGUAGACUAUGUACAAAAAGUGCUGUAAUUUCUAAACGGUUCACACGAUAUGGAUGAAAAUUACCCUCAAAUUAAAGCUGACAGUCUGCACUUUAACUUCAUAGUCAGGGCGGCGCACAAUUGGCCCAGCGUCGUCCGGGUUUGGCCGGUGUAGGCCGUCAUUGUAAAUAAGAAUUUGUUCUUAACUGACUUGCCUAGUUAAAUUAAAGGUAAAAUAAAUAAAGAUAAAAUAGUAAUUGUAUCAUUUCAAAUCCAAAGUGCUGGAGCACAGAGCCAAAACAACAACAAAAUGUGUCACUGUCCCAAUACUUUUGGAGCUCACUGUAUUGUCCUGUGUUAAUCAUGCACAGCCAUAAUACAGCUCAUUAUGAAGCUAUUUUCUACUAUACAAUCCACCUGCAGUGAAGCCGCUCAACUAUCCAAGACCCCCCCCCCCCCCCCCCCCCCCCUCCGAACCACCAUCCCCGCCCAAUCCAAACAAACUUGCCAACAAAUGAGAGAAUAAAGAGACAGGAACAACAACAUAACAAUGGAAAACAAAAGCCAUCAAAGAUCAAUCAAAUGUAAAACAGCAAGGCUAACUGUGUGUCUGCAUGUGUGGCACUAUGUACGUGUGUGGCAGCGAGUGUCAUAAUGUCGUUUUACCCCUCACUCCCACUCAUCUCCGGUUCCAAAUUCCAACCCUUGGUUUCCCUCAGGUCAUCCCACCUAUUUCUGCUGGCCACCCUCUUAGGAUUUCUACGCCUCAUAUCUUUCAACUAUGCUGUGAUGUUUAACAUACAAUUUGAAUCUUAUCUAAUCAAAUAGAAUCCACCGAUUUUACGAAUUGAAGAUAAAUACUUAAUAGUAUUAAUAUUUUAUCUAUUUACUGACCAGGUCUCUCCAAAUCUCCCAACAAUGCUAUUUCUAGGGUUCAUUUUAGAUUAAUGUUAUGCUUUUCUGCCAUUCCUGAACCUGAGACCAGAAGCAGGCAACCUGUGGGAAAUACCAAAACAAAUGGUCUAUUGAUUCUGUAUCCUCACAACAAGAGCUGCAAUGGUUGUAUUUGAGCUGAAAAGCAGAAAGUAUGAAAUCUUGCGUCAUUUUAUAUAUCAGCUCAUACAGUGCCUUCAGAAAGUAUUCAUACCCCUUGACUUUUUCCAAAUGGUGGUGUUAGUCUUAAUUCAAAAUUGAUAGAUUUUUUCUCUCACCCAUCUACACACAAUACCCCAUAAUGACAAAGUGAAAACAUGUUUUUAGAAUUUUUAGCAAAUUUAUUGAAAAUGAAAUACAUAAAUACCUCAUUUACAUAAGGAUUCACACCCCUGAGUCAAUACAUGUUAGAAUCAUCUUUGGCAGCGAUUUCAGCUUUUUGGGUAAGUCUCUGUUCAUUUUUUCAAAUUCUUCAAGCUGUGGCAAGUUGGUUGUUGACCAUUGCUAGACAGCCAUUUUCAAGUCUUGCCAUAGAUCAACAUUUUAAGAAUAAAGUUGCAGUUAUAUUUCAAGAUUAAAGUAGGGGAUUUGGUUAACCUCAUGUCUCAUGGUAGAGCACGGCGCUUGUAACGCCAAGGUAGUGGGUUCGAUUCCCCGGGACCACCCAUACACAAAAAAAUAAUAAUGUGUGCACGCAUAAAUGUAAGUCGCUUUUGAUAAAAGCGUCUGCUAAAUGGCAUAUUAUUAUUUAUUUUCAUGUCUCACUGGCUCCCUGUUGCUGUGCGUGCCACCAUUGAAAUGCCUGCAGUUAGAUGACCUGGUGAAACUAUACUUUAGAAUUGGCUUUAGUAACAAGGACAUACUUUCUCUUUUAGCACAAAAUAACCAUAUUAUUAUAAGUAGGCCUAUUAGGACCUGGAAGAUGUUGUGCCACAGAUUAUUUUCAGAAGGAGGAACCACUCGGAUGAGGUAGAGACAGGUGGGUGUUGUGGGGGGGGGGGGGGGUCUAAUACACUCGUUCAAACAGGCGUCACACACACACACACUGUAUCCCCAAAGCAAUACCAUUCUAACGUUCAUGGCGCGUUGUCAGACUGCAAAGAGACAUGGAGUUGUGUGUAUCAAAAUGAAAUCACAUUUUGAUUGUCACAUACGCCGAAUACAACAGGUGUAGACCUUACCGUGAAAUGCUUACUUACAAGCCCUCAAACAACAAUGCCGUUCAAGAAAUGUGUUGCCAAAAUAUUUACUAAAUAAACUAAAGUAUAAAAUAAAAAGUAACACAGUAAAAUGACAUAACAAUAACGAGGCUAUAUACAGGGGGUACCGGUACUGAGUCAAUGUGCGGGGGUACAGGUUAGUCGAGGUAAUUUGUACAUGUAGGUAGGGGUAAAGUGACUAUGCAUAGAUAAUAAACAGCGAGUAGCAGCAGUGUAAAAAUAAACGGGGGGGGGGGGGGGUCAAUGUAAAUAGUCUGGGUGGCCAUUUAAUUAAUUGUUCUUAUAGCUGUUAAGGAGCUUUUUUUACCUAGACUUGGCGCUCCAGUACCGCUUGCCGUGCGGUAGCAGAGAGAACAGUCUAUGACUAGGGUGGCUGGAGUCUUUGACAAUGUUUUGGGCCUUCCUCUGACACCGCCUAGUAUAGAGGUCCUGGAUGGCAGGAAGCUUGGCCCCAGUGAUGUACUGGGCCGUACGCACUACCCUCUGUAGCGCCUUACGGUUGGAUGCCGAGCAGUUUCCAUACCAGGCGGUGAUGGAACCGGUCAGGAUGCUCUCUGGUGCAGCUGUAGAACUUUUUGAGGAUCUGGGGACCCAUGCCAAAUAUUUUCAGUCUCCUAAGGGGGAAAAGGUGUUGUCGUGCCCUCUUCACGACUGUCUUGGUGUGUUUGGACCAUGAUACUUUGGUGAUGUGGACACCAAGGAACUUGAAACUCUCGACCCGCUCCACUACAGCCCCGUCGAUGUUAAUGAGGCCUACUUCCAAUGAAGUAGCCUCAUAAGCCUGUGUUUUAUUGUCUUGUGAAUGUAGGUCACGGAUUGUGUGGAGAAGGAUUGCACGUCCCCGUGGGGCUCAAGGACUGCCCCCAAACCCUUGUCAUGGACCUUGCAUAGCCACAGGGCAGGGGUUUGGAUAAAGCCCCGUCUGAAAACUAUUGCUAUUACUUCAUUGUUGGUUAAGGGCUUGUAAGUAAGUGUUUCACUGUAAGGUCUACACCUGUUGUAUUCGGCGCGUGUGGCAAAUAACAUUUGAUUUGAGACAGUAAUUUUACAUUCCAUUAUUUUAACCUAACAGCCAACCAGUCUAGCCAUUAUCCUCUAUAAGGUGAACCAGUGGGAGCCUAAAUUAGCGGUAUAGCCGAGACAAAUAGCCUGUAACGGAGACGAUGCCCCUGUUUUGGGAAAACCUCCUUCAUUCCUUCCCAUCCUUGAAGACAUCACCGAUAGAUUGUUAGUUAAAGGAGAUAUUAUGCUAGGCUAUUCAGAAAUGUCCAUCCCAAACUAUAACAUUUUCCGUCUAGAUAGCACUGCCAAAGGGGGCGGAGUUGCAAUCUACUGUAGAGAGAGCCUGCAGAGCUCUAUCAUACUAUCCAGGUCUGUGCCCAAACAGUUUGAGCUUCUACUUCUAAAAAGCCACCUUUCCAGAAAUAAGUCUCUCACUGUUGCCGCUUGAUACAGCCCCCAGUUGUGCCCUGGACACCAUAUGUGAAUUGCUUGCCCCCCAUCUAUCCUCAGAGUUCGUACUGCUUGGUGACCUAAACUGGGAUAUGCUUAACACCCCGGCCGUCCUACAAUCUAAACUAGAUGCCCUCAAUCUCACACAAAUUAUCAAGGAACCUACCAGGUACAACCCUAAAUCCAUAAACAUGGGCACCCUCAUAGAUAUCAUCCUGACUAAUUUACCCUCUAAAUACACCUCCGCUGUCUUCAACCAGGAUCUCAGCGAUCACUGCCUCAUUGCCUGCGUCCGUAAUGGAUCUGCGGUCAAACGACCACCCCUCAUCACUGUCAAACGCUCCCUAAAACACUUCAGCGAGCAGGCCUUUCUAAUUGACCUGGCCCGGGUAUCCUGGAUGGAUAUUGACCUCAUUCCGUCAGUAGAGGAUGCCUGGAUGUUCUUCAAAAGUACUUUCCUCUCCAUCUUAAAUAAGCAUACCCCAUUCAAAAAAUUCAGAACUAAGAACAGAUAUAGCCCCUGGUUCACCCCAGACUUGACUGCCCUUGACCAGCACAAAAACAUCCUGUGGCGUACUGCAUUAGCAUCGAACAGCCCCCGCGAUAUGCAACUUUUCAGGGAAGUCUGGAAACAAUAUACACAAUCAGUUAAGAAAGCAAUGGCUAGCUUUUUCAAACAGAAAUUUGCAUCCUGUAGCACUAACUCCAAAAAGUUUUGGGACACUGUAAAGUCCAUGGAGAAUAAGAGCACCUCCUCCCAGCUACCCACUGCACUGAGGCUAGGUAACACUGUCACCACCGAUAAAUCGACGACAAUCGAGAAUUUCAAUAAGCAUUUUGCUAUGGCUGGUCAUGCUUUCCACCUGGCUACCCCUACCCCGGCCACCAGCUCUGCACCCUCUGCUGCAACUUGCCCAUGCCCCCCCUGCUUCUCCUUCACCCAAAUUCAGAUAGCUGAUGUCCUGAAAGAGCUGCUAAAUCUGGACCCCAAAAUUAGCCGCCGAAAUUGUCGCAACCCCUAUUACUAGCCUGUUCAACCUCUCUUUCGUAUCGUCUGAGAUCCCCAGAGAUUGGAAAGCUGCCGCGGUCAUCCCCUCCUAGAUUCAAACUGUUACAGACCUAUAUCCAUCCUGCCUUUCGAAGGUAUUUGAAAGCCAAGUUAACCAACAGAUCACCAACCAUUUCGAAUCCCACCGUACCUUCUCUGCUAUGCAAUCUGGUUUCCGAGCUGGUCAUGGGUGCACCUCAGCCACGCUCAAGGUCCUAAACGAUAUAAUAACCGCGAUCAAUAAAAGACAGUACUGUGCAGCCGUCUUCAUCGACCUGGCCAAGGCUUUUGACUCUGUCAAUCACCGCAUUCUUAUUGGCAGACUAAAUAGCCUUGGUUUCUCAAAUGACUGCCUCGCCUGGUUCACCAACUACUUCUCAGAUAGAGUUCAAUGUGUCAAAUUGGAGGGCCUGUUGUCUGGACCUCUGGCAGUCUCUAUGGGGGUGCCACAGGGUUCAAUUCUCGGGCAGACUCUAUUCUCUGUCUAUAUCAAUGAUGUCGCUCUUGCUGCUGGUGACUCUCAGAUCCACCUCUACGCAGACGACACCAUUUUGUAUACAUCUGGCCCUUCAUUGGACACUGUGUUAACAAACCUCCAAACGGCUUCAAUGCCAUACAACACUCCUUCCGUGGCCUCCAACUGCUCUUAAACGCUAGUAAAACUAAAUGCAUGCUCUUCAAUCGAACGCUGCUUGCACCAGCCUGCCCGACUAGAAUCACUACUCUCGGCGGGUCUGACUUAGAAUAUGUGAACAACUACAAAUACCUAGGUGUCUGGUUAGACCGUAAACUCUCCUUCCAGACUCACAUUAAGCAUCUCCAAUCAAUCAAUCAAUCAAUCAAUUUUAUUUUAUAUAGCCCUUCUUACUCAGCUAAUAUCUCGAAUGGCUGUACGAAACCCAGCCUAAACCCCAACAGCUAGUAAUGAGGUGUAGAAGCACGGUGGCUAGGAAAAACUCCCUAGAAAGGCGAAAACCUAGGAAGAAACCUAGAGAGGAACCAGGCUAUGAGGGUGGCCAGUCCUCUUCUGGCUGUGCCGGGUGAAGAUUAUACAGAACCAUGCCAAGAUGUUCAAAAUGUUCAUAAGUGACAAGCAUGGUCAAAUAAUAAUCAGGAAUAAAUCCAAAGUUAAAUCUAGAAUCGGCUUCCUAUUUCGCAACAAAGCCUCCUUCACUCAUGCUGCUAAACAUGCCCUCGUAAAACUGACUAUCCUAACCGAUCCUUGACUUCGGCGAUGUAAUUUACAAAAUAGCCUCCAACGCUCUACUCAGCAAAUUGGAUGUAGUCUAUCACAGUGCCAUCCGUUUUGUCACCAAAGCCCCAUAUACUACCCACCAUUGUGACCUGUACGCUCUCGUUGGCUGGCCCUCACUACAUAUUCGUUGCCAAACACACUGGCUCCAGGUCAUCUAUAAAUCACUUCUAGGCAAAUCCCCGCCUUAUCUUAGAUCAUUGGUCACCAUAGCAACACCCACCCGUAGUAUGCGCUCCAGCAGGUAUAUCUCACUGGUCAUCCCCAAAGCCAACACCUCCUUUGGCCGCCAUUCCUUCCAGUUCUCUGCUGCCAAUGACUGGAACGAACUGCAAAAAUCUCUGAAGCUGGAGACACUUAUCUCCCUCACUAACUUUAAGCAUCAGUUGUCAGAGCACCUUACCGAUCACUGCACCUGUACACAGCCCAUCUGUAAUUAGCCCACCCAACUACCUCAUCCCCAUAUUGUUAUUUACAUUAUUUAUUUUGCUCAUUUGCACCCCAGUAUCUCUAUUUGCACAUCAUCUUCUGCACAUCUAUCACUCCAGUGUUAAUACUAAAUUGUAAUUAUUUUGCACUAUGGCCUAUUUAUUGCCUUACCUCCAUAACUUACAACAUUUUGCACACACUGUAUAUAGAUUUUCUAUUGUGUUAUUGACUGUACGUUUUUGUUUAUUCCAUACGUAACUCUGUGUUGUUGUUGUUUUUUUACCGCACUGCUUUGCUUUAUCUUGGCCAGGUCGCAGUUGUAAAUGAGAACUUGUUCUCAACUGGCUUACCUGGUUAAAUAAAGGUGAAAUAAAAGUCAUGUCAGAUCAGUGAUUAUUUCUUUAUAGCCUAUCAUCAUUUAUCUAAUAGACCUGUAUUUAGACCAUCCAUGAAUAUAUUCAAACAGCGCCUCAGAUUAGCUGGUUUGCGCCUGCAGGGAGUGGUCCUUGAGUUGCCUUCUCCCACAGACACUUGUGUAAAACCCUUGCUUUCAUUGUUCAUUCCUCCCGCAGCGGUUGGAUAGGUACUUUCACUUGACCACUGUGUAACGUAAGAUUAGCCUACAGGUUUAAGGUACUCAAUCUAGUGGGCCGCUAUUUGGUUUAUAGUGUGCUGAAAAUAGCGGUGUUGCAGCUAAUUUGGAGAGCAGUUUGACAUGUGAUACAUACACACGCAUAGCCAGGAUCCAAAAGAUAAUUUCCAUUACGCACAGAUUUUUUUUGCAAGGUGUUCAUCUAGGCUACGCAGCAGAACUUUGUAGCGAAUUCGGAGGGCAGACUGACAGGGACUCAACCCAAGCUCUUUGCGUUCAGUGCCAAUAAAGUUUUUUUGUUUGUGAUCAUACCACACCAUGGCCGUUAGAGGAGUGCAUGCCUAGUCUGAAAUUGCCAGGGGGAAACCUGGUGGUGUACGUGCAAGUUAUUAGAUUGAUAAGCGUGAGUGCACAGUGACGCCCGUUUUGAAUGAGUUUAUUAGAUCAUUACAUCGAUAGCCAUUUGUUUGUUUUGCCCAUACGUUAGUUUAUUCUCGAAAAAAGAAUGCCUCUUUAUUCUCAAAAUAUUGCAAUUUUUUUUAAGGCACUAGCAUAAAAAAAAAUAAUUAUCCAAGUACCGCCACCCCUUGCUGUUUUUUAAAAAUGUAUUUUAUAAUACUCUUCAGUAUUAUUGUGUGUAGGCCAGUGCCAUUUUAAAUUCAGGCUGUAACACAACAAGAUCUCGAAACAGUCGAGGGGUAUGAAUACUUUCUGAAGUCACUACACCCUGUGCCAUGGAAUCGGUACAUCAAAAAUCUCUGUAUGGCACAGCUGUCAACAUCCUGGUCCUCAAAUGAAACUGCUAUACUUUCCUAUUUAUGUUAUUUGUGUUCCUCUGCCAGUUUUGAUCCUUUAUAUUGGGCAGACAGACCAGUUCCCUACCUCCUCCCACUGCCACCUGCCUCCUCCAUUUUUGGGGUAAUGCUGUAAUCAAUUGGUUGAAAUCUUGUAUUGAGCAGACCUUCCCAUACAUAUCCGAUAGCUCCAUGUAAGACAACUCUACCAUUCCAAUUUACAAUUUAAUUUAAAAAACAAAACUCCCUUUUCAAACACAUUUUCCAUAAAUACAGGUAUUUUAUCAACCAGUACAUUUGAGUUCAACCAUAAUAUUAGUUGUAAUGUUUAUUGUAUUUUCUGGGGGAUAACAAUUAUUUUGUCACCAUCUCUGUAUUGCCUGUUUGAGAAAGAGAUACUUUAAACAAGGUUUCAUUUUCAAUUAACCGAAAAUGAGUUAAAUAAAUACAUUAUUUAUUCUUGUUUUUGUGCCUUUCUCCUCGUCCAGAACUCCCAACAUGGCUGUUGAAGAAGUUUCUCUUUGGCUUCCCAAAGAAUUGGAAGAAAUACCUUGAGCGCUUUUUGUCCGAGCCAAAUGGGUAAGUUGUGUCUCUGUGGUCAGGGCCGAUUAGGAUCAGGUCCCCAUGUGACCGAAAAGGCCAAACUGAUCCUAGAUCAACGCUCCUAAUCUGAGAUGCUUGGGGGGGGGGGGGGAUCGAUAAGUUACAUAGGAUGUUAUUUUCAACAGUAUCCACUAUUAUUUUUGCGCUAGUCAACUGUACCUGCACCAAAACUGUGAGUAGGACCUUUAAACAGGUCAACAUUCACAAAGCCCCAGGACCAGACGGAUUACCAGGACGCGUACUCAGAGCAUGUAGUAAGACCUUUAAACCAGUUAACGUUCAGAAGGCCCCAGGACCAGACGGAUUACCAGGACGCGUACUCAGAGCAUGUAGUAAGACCUUUAAACCAGUUAACAUUCAGAAGGCUCCAGGACCAUAUGGAUUACCAGGACGCGUACUCAGAGCAUGCGCUACCAGCUGGAAAGUGUCUUCACUGACAUUUUCAACCUGUCCCUGACUGAGUCUGUAAUACCUACAUGUUUCAAGCAGACCACCAUAGUCCCUGUGCCCAGAAACGCCAAGAUAACCUGUCUAAAUGACUAUCGCCCCGUAGCACUCACAUCUGUAGCCAUCCAAUGCUUUGAAAGACUGGUCAUGGCUCACCUCAACACCAUCAUCCCAGACUCCCUGGACCCACUCAAAUUCGGAUACCGCACCAAAAGAUCCACAGAUGACGCAAUCUCUAUCGCACUCCACACUGCCCUUUCCCACCUGGACAAAAGGAACAGCUACGUGAGAAUGCUAUUCAUUGACUACAGCUCAGCGUUCAACAGCAUAGUGCCCUCAAAGCUCAUUACUAAGCUAAGGACCCUGGGACUGAACAUCUCCGUCAGCAACUGGAUCUUGUACUUCCUGACGGGCCACCCCCCAGCUGGUGAGGGUAGGUAACAACACAUCUGCCACACUGACCCUCAACACGGGGGCCCCUCAGGUGCAUGCUUAAUCCCCUCCUGUACUCCCUGUUCACCCACGACUGCAUGGCCACGCACGAAUCCAACACCAUCAAGUUAGCAGACGACACAACGGUGGUAAGCCUGAUCACCGACGACAAUGAGACCUGGCAGUGUGGACAACAACCUCUCCCUCAAUAUUAGCAAGACAAAGCAGCUGAGCAGCUUCGAGUUCCUUGGUGUCCACAUCACUAAGGCCCUAUCAUGGUCCAAACACACCAACAGUCAUGAAGAGGGCAUGGCUGAAAAUGUUUGGCAUGGGUCCUCAGAUCCUCAAAAAGUUAUACAGCUGCACCAUCGAGAACAUCCUGACUGGUUGCAUCACCGCUUGGUAUGGCAACUGCUUGGCAUUCGACCGCAAGGCACUACAGAGGGUAGUGCGUAUGGCCCAGUACAUUACUGGGACAGAGCUUCAUGCCAUCCAGGACCUCUAUACCAGGCGGUGUCAGAGGUAGGCCCUAAAAAUUGUCAGACUCCAGCCACCAAAGUCAUAGACUGUUCUCUCUGGUACCGGAGCGCCAAGUCUGGGACCAAAAGGCUCCUGAACAAGCCAUAAGACUGCUGAACACUUAAUCAAAUUUGCUACCCGGACUAUUUGCAUUGACCCCAUUAUUGUAUUAUAAUUUUUCGCACUGACUCUCUUUCACCGUCUCAGUGUACACUCACUAGACUCUAACCACACACUCACACAUACUACAACACACACACGUGGACACCCACACAAAACAGAUACACACAUUCACAUUCCUUCACACUCUUCACAUACACUGCUGCUACUUUUUGUUUAUUAUCAAUGCAUAGUCACUUUACCCCGACCUACAUAUACACUGCUCAAGAAAAUAAAGGGAACACUUAAACAACACAAUGUAACUCCAAGUCAAUCACACUUCUGUGAAAUCAAACUGUCCACUUAGGAAGCAACACUGAUUGACAAUACAUUUCACAUGCUGCUGUGCAAAUGGAAUAGACAACAGGUGGAAAUUAUAGGCAAUUAGCAAGACACCCCCCAAUAAAGGACUGGUUUUGCAGGUGGUGACCACAGACCACUUCUCAGUUCCUAUGCGUCCUGGCUGAUGUUUUGGUCACUUUUGAAUGCUGGCGGUGCUUUCACUCUAGUGGUAGCAUGAGAUGGAGUCUACAACCCACACAAGUGGCUCAGGUAGUGCAGCUCAUCCAGGAUGGCACAUCAAUGCGAGCUGUGGCAAGAAGGUUUGCUGUGUCUGUCAGCGUAGUGUCCAGAGCAUGGAGGCGCUACCAGGAGACAGGCCAGUACAUCAGGAGACGUGGAGGAGGCCGUAGGAGAGCAACAACCCAGCAGCAGGACUGCUACCUCCGCCUUUGUGCAAGGAGGAGCAGGAGGAGCACUGCCAGAGCCCUGCAAAAUGACCUCCAGCAGGCCACAAAUGUGCAUGUCUGCUCAAACGGUCAGAAACAGACUCCAUGAGGGUGGUAUGAGGGCCUGACGUCCACAGGUGGGGGUUGUGCUUAUAGCCCAAUACCGUGCAGGACGUUUGGCAUUUGCCAGAGAACACCAAGAUUGGCAAAUUCGCCACUGGCGCCCUGUGCUCUUCACAGAUGAAAGCAGGUUCACACUGAGCACAUGUGACAGACGUGACAGAGUCUGGAGACACCGUGGAGAACGUUCUGCUGCCUGCAACAUCCUCCAGCAUGACCGGUUUGGCGGUGGGUCAGUCAUGGUGUGGGGUGGCAUUUCUUUGGGGGGCCGCACAGCCCUCCAUGUGGUCGCCAGAGGUAGCCUGACUGCCAUUAGGUACCGAGAUGAGAUCCUCAGACCCCUUGUGAGACCAUAUGCUGGUGCGGUUGGCCCUGGGUUCCUCCUAAUGCAAGACAAUGCUAGACCUUAUGUGGCUGGAGUGUGUCAGCAGUUCCUGCAAGAGGAAGGCAUUGAUGCUAUGGACUGGCCCGCCCGUUCCCCAGACCUGAAUCCAAUUGAGCACAUCUGGGACAUCAUGUCUCGCUCCAUCCACCAACGCCACGUUGCACCACAGACUGUCCAGGAGUUGGCGGAUGCUUUAGUCCAGGUCUGGGAGGAGAUCCCUCAGGAGACCAUCCGCCACCUCAUCAGGAGCAUGCCCAGGCGUUGUAGGGAGGUCAUACAGGCACGUGGAGGCCACACACACUACUGAGCCUCAUUUUGACUUGUUUUAAGGACAUUAAAUCAAAGUUGGAUCAGCCACUUUAAUUUUCCACUUUAAUUUUGAGGGUGACUCCAAAUCCAGACCUCCAUGGGUUGAUACAUUUGAUUUCCAUUGAUAAUUUUUGUGUGAUUUUGUUGUCAGCACAUUCAACUAUGUAAAGAAAAAAGUAUUUAAUAAGAUUAUUUCAUUCAUUCAGAUCUAGGAUGUGUUGUUUAAGUGUUCCCUUUAUUUUUUUGAGCAGUGUACAUAUUACCUCGACUAACCUGUACCCCCGCACAUUGACUCGGUACCGGUACAACCUGUAUAUAGCCUCGUUAUUGUUAUUUUAUUGUGUUACUGUUUUUCCAUUAGUUUUAUUUAGCAAAUGUUUUGAACUUUUUAAAAAAACUCUACAUUGUUGGUUAAGGGCUCGUAAGUAAGCAUUUCAUGGUAAGGUCUACAGCAGUUGUAUUCGGUGCAUGUGACAAAUACAAUUUGAUUUGAAAACUCCUAUUCUCUGUUCGGCUACUCGGCUUUAACUAAGUGUUGUAGUCAUAUCUGUUGUGUUAACAUCCAGUGUUUCUGCUUUGUCUUCAAUUGUUUUUAAUGACAAAUGCAGUUCAGAAGCUGAAAAUUCUAAAAAGGGGAGUAAGGACCUGGCAACACCCCAGAACCAAAAACACCUCUCCACCAAGAAGCAGUCUUCCACAUCCCAAAUGCCAAACGCCACGAAGACACGUGAGUCCAAAAGUUGGCAUCACAAAUGCUCACUGUAUUUAUACUGGUAGUACUCAUGUCUCUUGUUUUAUCAAAGAUUUGAUUGGUUGGUAUUUCUCUGUAAAGGUAGCGAUAACCAUCCUGUUUUAUGUUUAAUCUACCUUGUCCUACAGCUGCUCCUUGCAGUGCCACCAGUGCGGUGAGCAGUGCUAAGGUUUCCCGGAGUGGCCGGCUUCUCAAAGCCCCUCUGGAGUACUGGAAAGGGGCCAGAGUCAUCUUGGAUUGCGACAUGAACGUCACCAUUCAUGGGGGUUAUGACCAGUCGUCUAUGCUUUACUCUGUAAGCUGCUGCUCCGUGGUGCUCUGCUUCGUUUAGUUUUCUAUUGUAGAGCACUGUAUCCCCAGCCAUUCCACUUAUUUCAUGUAUUGCUGUUCUAACACAACUGAAUCCACUAAUCACCAAGCCCUUCGUUAGUUGAAUCAGGUGUUCUAGUUGUGGAAUACAUCCAACAAGCGGAACGGCUGGGCGAAAUCAGAGGUUUGGGACACAAUGUUGUAGAGUGAUACCAGCAGCAGACCACCCUGCAUCCCACUGCUGCCUUGCCUCUGAAGCUAAGCAGGGUUGGUCCUGGUUGGUCCCUGGAUGGGAGACCAGACCACCCUGCAUCCCACUGCUGCCUUGCCUCUGAAGCUAAGCAGGGUUGGUCCUGGUUGGUCCCUGGAUGGGAGACCAGACCACCCUGCAUCCCACUGCUGCCUUGCCUCUGAAGCUAAGCAGGGUUGGUCCUGGUCGGUCCCUGGAUGGGAGACCAGACCACCCUGCAUCCCACUGCUGCCUUGCCUCUGAAGCUAAGCAGGGUUGGUCCUGGUUGGUCCCUGGAUGGGAGACCAGACCACCCUGCAUCCCACUGCUGCCUUGCCUCUGAAGCUAAGCAGGGUUGGUCCUGGUCGGUCCCUGGAUGAGGGCCUGUAGGAGGCACUCUUUCCUCUGGUAUAAUAAUAAUAUCCCAUUGCCCCAGGGCAGUGAUUGGGGACAAUGCCCCAGGGCAGUGAUUGGGGACAAUGCCCUGUGCAGGAUGCCGUCUUUUGGAUGGGACGUUAAACAGGUGUCCUGACUCUCUGUGGUCACUAAAGAUCCCAUGGCACUUGUUGUAAGAGUAGGGGUGUUAACGUAGGUGUCCUGGCUAAAUUCCCAAUCUGGCCCUCAUACCAUCAUGGCCUCCUAAUCAUCCCCAGCUUCCAAUUGGCUCAUUCAUCCCCUCUCCUCUCCCCUGUAACUAUUCCCCAGGUCGUUGCUGUAAAUGAGAAUGUGUUCUCAGUCAACUUACCUGGUCAAAUAAUUAAUUGAUAUGCUAUUUCCCUACUUUCUCAGCAAGUCAGUACACCUGUAGCCAGAGCAUUGUUAGACGGACCACCAAAACCGGCCAAGGUGUUCUUACCUCCAGCGGAAGGUAUGUUGUUUUUCUAUACAUAAGCUUGGGAAUGCAUUUAUCCUCAUAUUCCAGCUGCAACAAAGAUGGGGACUACAUUGUAUUUGACAGUGUGAUGUUCUACAGAGAGGCUGCGAGGUGACACCAGUGACGAGGAGACUGUGCCACUGAGAAAGGUGAAGGCUCAUCACAGGCCUCUGAGGUCGAAGCCAGAGGAGAACCCCCCUCACACGGCCCCUGAGUCUUGGCGGUGUAAGGCUGAAGACAACGCCCUUUCCAGGGGCCCCGAAAGGCCCAAGAAGGCCAGCCCAGAGCCUCACAGGUCCAUGUCUUUGGAGAACUCCUCUCACAGGGGCAGAGGAAGACCCAAGAAAGCCAGUCCAAACUCUCAGUGGUCUAUGCCAGAGAACCCCUCUCACAGGGGCAGAGGAAGACCCAAGAGGGUGAGCCCAGCAUCUCAGAGGUCCAAGUCUGAUGUGAUCCUCUCUCCCAAGCACCGGGGACGGCCCAGGAAGACCAGCCCAAUGUUUCAGGGUGCAGCAGCGCCGGCCGCGUACGCAGACCCUGCCCCACAAUUCCCGACCCGUCCACGUCGCUCUCGCCAGGGCGCUAACAAACAGAGCGCCGAUGACAACUCGGACAACGCCAAUACAUCCUCAGAGCUGUUACCAGGGAAACGAGUCAAGGGUUCAAAAAAAGUAGGCCCUCCGAGAGUGCUUGAUAUGUCAAAGAAUAGGGUCAGUCCUCAGAAGAAGCUCCCAGCGAAACUCUGGGAUGACAUCGUGAUGGAAAGGAAAGACACAGGGAAACCUGCGCCCACAAAGACCGUUUCAGCCUCCGUGGGUAGGAGUAGGAACGUUCAGGACGGUGGUCGCGGUACUGCCGGAGAGUCCCAGUCCGAUGACGACUUCACACAGAAGAAAAAACCCAAGGCAUUCAAAUCGGGACCCAUAAAGCCACGGGGUAAGAGGACACGUGGAAGGGUUCCGGAAGACUCCAAGGCAGCAUCGAGUGAUUCGUCGACUUCCCAGGAAGACUGGAAGAGUGAAUUGAGUAAAAGGGCCGGCCCGCAGACACUGAGGGGAAAGGGCAGCAAAUUCCUCAGGGUUCAGCAGAGAGAAAACGAAGGAAAUGGAGAUCAGUGGACAGAGACACAACUGUUGAGACUACAUGAGUAAGUUUGCUACAAUUGUCUACAUAUUGGCAUUUUGUACAAGCAAAUGGCAGUGAGCAGCCAAAUAACCAUAAUAUUUGAAGUAGAUGAGAAAGUAUGUUAUCCAAUGCAUUGCGUGCGUCACAUGCAUCACUCGGUUUACUCAACUCUGGUUAAACAAUAGCCUCCUUUUUUAUAAUGCACAAUGUUGAAGAAAAGUUUCAAAUUAGCUAGCACGUUUAAAUGUGUGCAAAUUGCCUUGUUUAUACAGAAACACGAGUGUAUGUCAACUUCUUGUGCGUACGUUUGGCUUUCAGGGCUGUGACGUCACUUCCCAAACACACAAAUGACUUCUGGGUGAACGUUGCCAUGGUGGUGGGCAGCCGUUCAGCUGAGGAGUGUCAGAAGCGGUACAACGGUCAGGCCCCCACCUCCCUGCCACCUACCAAGGCCACCAAGAAAAGAGAUGUUCUGCACAAGAGGGAUCCAUGUAAGUUACCUUGUCUAGCAUUUCUAUCCAUAAUAAAUCUGUAGAGGGAUCUUGAUGUCUUAGUGUAGGUCUCCCAUCCAAGCUCUAACGAAGUGUUCGUGGCUGUUACCAUUGUGGUACCGCAUCUUUGGUCUUUUAAUAGAACUCGAUGACAGAACACGUUGGGCUCUCACUGAUUUACACAUGCAUUUUUAAAUGGUGAACUUUCUUUUUUUUUGUGGGGGGGGGUCACAUCUAUACAAUCUGUACAUUCAAUAAGAAUUACAGAGAAUGUAUGUAUUUGUAUUUAUUAUGGAUCCCCAUCAGCUACUCUUCCUGUGGUCCAGCAUAAUUAAGGCAGUUAUAACAUUACAAUACAUUCAUUACAGAAAUCACAACCCAUUAAGUGUGUGCCCUCAGGCCCGUACUCCACUACCACAUAUCUACAACACAAAAUCCGUGUGUACGUGUGUGUGUGUGUGUGUGUGUGUGUGUGUAGUGCGUAUAUUUGUAUGCAUGCGUCUGUGCCUAUGUUUGUGUUGCUUCCCAGUCCCCGCUGUGACAAUGUAAUAUAUUAUAUUUGAACUGUAGUGGUGGAACCGCCUCGGAUAACCGCGAAAAAGGGCACACUGAAGCGGAAGCAGCAGGUGCGGAACCUCCUGGAACACAUGCCCAAGGAUGACCACGAUGACAUCUUCAACAGCUCGCCCAUGCAGAACAAGCGGGUCAAGGUGCGUUUCCCCCCGGGCUGCGCCGUUUCAACCACUCAGCAAUGUUGCCGGGUUUGAGUUUCUUUAGGAACAAUAUUGCAUUUUUUUUUUUCUUCAUAUAUGUACAUUAUGUGGUGCUGGAGGUCAAAGAAUACAGGUCAAAGAAUACAUUCAGCAAAAUUCAAAGAAGUCUCCGCACACUGCAGUUUUGUAUUCUUCCGACAGCUGUGUCGUUAAACAUAUAGAGAUAGAUUGUCAUGUUGCUCACAUGUGCAAAAUGUAUAUUUAACAACAGCUGAUAGAUUGCUUCUCUCCCAUGUCUAAAAGCUUGGGUACCAAAUUGAUAUUUCAAGAUGGCUGACCGCUUAACAACAAUCUUGUAGCAAUCAGAAAUGGGGUGCCCCGAACUGAAUGGGGUGCCCCGAACUGAAUGGGGUGCCCCGAACUGAAUGGGGUGCCCCGAACUGAAUGGGGUGCCCCGAACUGAAUGGGGUGCCCCGAACUGAAUGGGGUGCCCGAACUGAAUGGGGUGCCCGAACUGAAUGGGGUGCCCUGAACUGAAUGGGGUGCCCUGAACUGAAUGGGGUGCCCUGAACUGAAUGGGGAUGGCCCUGAACUGAAUGGGGUGCCCCGAACUGAAUGUGCUCUCUUGUGAAUCAGUUGCCCACAGUGUCUCCCAAAGGGAAAGAGGAUGUGUUCAUGCGCUCUGAGCAAGACCCACAAACCCCCAGCUCAUCACGCUUCCCAUCGGUGAAAACUCCUCAGUGUCUCCACAUCACCCCAGGCAUGAUGGGCUCGGUGAACAGGUAAAUGCAACUAUCCCACUGACAUGGUGGUGCUCUAUAGCUCAGUUGGUAGAGCGUGGCGCUUGCAAUGCCAGGAUAGUGGGUUCGAUUCCCGGGACCACCCGUACGUAAGAUGCAUGCAUGACUAAGUUGCUUUGGAUAAAAGCGUCUGCUAAAAUGGCAUAUAUUCUGAAAGGAAAGGUUAACCCAAUCACUGCUUAUAGUAAUGAGCGAUUUGAAUACUGCAUUUCAUUUGUAAUGUGCGCUGUUAUGUUCAUUGAGCACGGUUACAUGCACAACAAUAUGAUUAUUGUGGAUAGUCAGAUUAAUAUUAUAGUUGGUUUAAACGUUUACAUGCGCAACUCAAUAUUAGGAAGGUGUAACUCCAUAUUAGGAAGGUGUAACUCCAUAUUAGGAAGGUGUAACUCCAUAUUAGGAAGGUGUAACUCCAUAUUAGGAAGGUGUAACUCCAUAUUAGGAAGGUGUAACUCCCUAUUAGGAAGGUGUAACUCCCUAUUAGGAAGGUGUAACUCCCUAUUAGGAAGGUGUAACUCCCUAUUAGGAAGGUGUAACUCCCUAUUAGGAAGGUGUAACUCCCUAUUAGGAAGGUGUAACUCCAUAUUAGGAAGGUACCGGUGCUAGCACAUAUACAGAUCAAAUACACUGCUGGAACGGCGAUUAAGCUGUUUAUGUCCUAAUAGUUGGAAAGGUUAUGUCCUAAUAGUUGGAAAGGUUAUGUCCUAAUAGUUGGAAAGGUUAUGUCCUAAUAGUUGGAAAGGUUAUGUCCUAAUAGUUGGAAAGGUUAUGUCCUAAUAGUUGGAAAGGUUAUGUCCUAAUAGUUGGAAAGGUUAUGUCCUAAUAGUUGGAAAGGUCAUGUCCUAAUAGUUGGAAAGGUUAUGUCCUAAUAGUUGGAAAGGUUAUGUCCUAAUAGUUGGAAAGGUCAUGUCCUAAUAGUUGGAAAGGUUAUGUCCUAAUAGUUGGAAAGGUUAUGUCCUAAUAGUUGGAAAGGUCAUGUCCUAAUAGUUGGAAAGGUUGCUCAGAAAACCAGGUGUUUUAAUCUGCAUAUGCUUACUUCGAUUAUGACCUUACGCCGAGUAAGGUAAGCAGAGUAAGGUAAGCACAGUAAGGUAAGCAGAGUAAGAUGUUUACAUGACUGAUGCCAUACUUGGCCUUCUGCUAUAAUCAGUUUAAUAUUAAAUUAUUAGUGUGCUUGUAAACGUACUCAUUGACAUAUUUGUUUGUUUUUUUAAAUCAGUCACUCAUAGUAGACUGUUAUUACAAGACAGGUGGUACUACCGGUAAAUAUGUUGGGUUUUCUCACACCAUUGUAAAAUCAGAAACUUUUCAUAAACAUUUUCAGAGACAACGAUGACAAGUAUAUCUACCAACUUCAAAAAAGAAUGAAGAAAGGCCAAGCGAAGCUGCAUAAAUUGGGGGCCGCUUCAAAGGUAGGCUGUUCCUGAGGAGCUUAUCGACAAAAGGAGGGCUCAGUCAUAUAUACAGUGUGUCUGGGGCCAUUGUGAAAAUGAACUCGUCUCGUAGGAUGUAGCUCAAUUGGUAGAGCAUGGCGUUUGCAACGCCAGGGUUGUGGGUUCGAUUCCCACGUGGGGGGGGCCAGUAUGAAAAAAAGAAUAAUGUAUGCACUCACUAACUGUAAGUCGCUCUGGAUAAGAGCGUCUGCUAAAUGACAAAAAAAUGUAAAGGAUGCCAGGAACAACUGUCUAGUGCAGUGCUCUGGGGAAAAUGUGAUAGUCAGGAGGGGAGAUCUUUUUAAAGUCGUUCACUGUUUUAUUGUUUUGUCAUAUGAAUAUGCCAAUAUAAUUAUUAUUGUUUAAACAGGAUGUAUAUACCACAGGGGGUUGGUGGUACCUUAAUUAGGGAGGAUGGGCUCGUGGUCAUGGCUGGAGCGGAAUGGUAUCAAACACAUGGUUUCCAUGGUUUCCAUGCGUUUGAGGCCAUUCAAUUCGCUCCGUUCCAGCCAUUAUUAUGAGCCGUCCUCCCCUCAGCAGCCUCCACUGGUAUGUACAGAAUGUUAUUAAAUGUUUUUCUGCAUUUUCCAUCUAGUACACGCCAACGCCAUCAGCCAAACGUGUUUUGAAGAGAUGCAACACCGGUCAGUGUUCUUUUUUUUGAAUGAAGAUUUUGUAUUGAUGUAUUUUACACUUGCAGAACUUGAGAAUUUGGAAACCUUAUUCACUCAAUAAUAUGUUUACUUGUGUUUCAGCAGAGAAUGAUUCUUCUUUUGUGGUGUGGGAAAUGUUCCCUGACAAGGAGGACCAUUCAGUGGAAAGUGGGGAAGAAGAGGACUAUUAUUUUAUGGAUGAUGACUGAGCUGCAGAUUUAUGGGUCUCUUUACUCCAAGCAGGCCGAAAAGGGGAGGGACAUAUCUGAGUUUGUCUAAUAAGAAACGCUAGUUUUUGUUGCAAAACAUUUAGCUAUGGUUUGUACUUAUACACCCUGUUUGGAUGAUUACGUUUUAAAACAGGAAAUGAAAUGCUGUAACAUUGUCAAUAUUUUUAUAUCUAUACACACUGUGUAAUUGUCAAUUAGGUUCUGUGAUUCAAUCCCCACGGCUGUUGUUUUAAAAUGGGUUUAAAAUGUUUUGUUUAUAUAUUGUGCCCCCUGAAUGCAGAGCCUUUUUACAAUAAAUGUUAAGACGACAAUUUUGUUCAUGGUGGUUGUUUCCAUAUACUUUUUCACAGAGUACAGGCAAAGAUAAAAAAAAAACCGUCUGGUGUUCUGUAAUGCUUGAGUUUCAGAAUUAAUUUACUUGGCUUAUCGCGAUCUAGCGACCCCUUGUGGCGGGCCGGGCGCCUGCAGGGUGACAUCGGUCGUCAGUUGAACGGUGUUUCCGGGUUAAGUGGGUGGGUGUUAAGAAGCGCGGUCUGACAAUGACAAACCAGAGUGUGUAUGUAGCCUGUCACAAAAAGGCUUUUUGCAUGUUAAUAAUUUGGCAGACACGACUUGUAAGUGCAUUAAACUAAGGUAGGGGAGACGACCACAUAUCAUCAUCGUAAGUAGGCUAAAACCUUUUCUUAAAAACAGCAGCUCGAAGCAGCCACAAAGCUAGUGAGUGAGGUACCUAAUACCAGUGCUACAGUAUAUACUACCACCGGUUCAUCUUUGGCUACUAACAUACCACUUAGAAUGCAUUUGUAAGUACUACGCUAGUGUGGAUAUUGGAACAAAUUGUACGAUAUUUAUUUGAUCAUAGAGAUGAAUACAGUAGAGAAGACCAUGUCAAAGAUAUAUCUGUAUCUAGCUCUAUGGCUUUGAUAAUGACUUCUCAGGUCGCCACGCGUCCCAGGAGCGCUUCCUCCAGUGGAUGCUCAGCAACAUGAUGGACAUCCCGUGGGUCCACACCAUCAGCUACAAGGACGACGAGGACAGCCACCUACAUGAUGCGCAUCACCACUGA